AUGCAUGAUAUUGAUGCACGCAUGGGUGCCCUUGAGGAACUCACUGAUGAAUUAUGCCUAGCCAACAGCGAGGUAGUGGACAAGAUCUACAAAAUGGAAGCUUACCAUAAGUGCCUUGUGGAGAAGCUGUCAGACUUGGAGUAUCGAUCUCGGCGCAACAACAUCUGGAUCCGCUGA